AUGCUUUCAAUCUUUUUGCCCCUCCUAGCCACUCUGGCAUCUAUUCCAGCCAUAAAUGCACACGCGACGUUCCAAGAGCUUUGGGUGGGGUCGACAGACGAAGCUGGCAGCUGUAUACGGCUCCCGUUCAACAACUCUCCUGUGACGGACGUCACCAGCACCGAUAUUGCGUGCAACACUGCAUCGGCUGCUGCCUCGCCUGGUUACUGCUCCGUUGCCGCCGGUGGAACGUUGACCGUAGAGAUGCACGCUCAGCCUAAUGACCGUUCUUGCUCUAAUGACGCUAUUGGUGGCAACCACGACGGCCCAGUGAUCAUUUAUAUGGCGAAAGUCGACGAUGCUUUGACCGCAGUUGGCUCAUCUGCCAAGUGGUUCAAAGUAGCCCAAAGCGGCUAUUUGGGUAACGACUACUGGGCAACUGAUGCUUUGAAUGCCAACUGUGGCAAGUUUACCUUCACCGUCCCAAGCUGCCUUCCCGCAGGUGAUUACCUUGUUCGCGCUGAAGUCAUUGCACUUCAUGUCGCAUUCGGACUCAACGGCGCUCAAUUCUACAUGUCCUGCUACACAGUCAAAGUCACUGGUGGCGGCUCUGCCUCUCCCGCCACUGUCAGCUUCCCAGGAGCCUACUCUGCCACUGAUCCAGGAAUCUUGUUCGAUCUCUAUAACGGCUUCACAUCCUAUACCAUUCCAGGACCCGCAGUGUUCACUUGUGGUUCGGGGACUGGAUCCACCUCAGUAUCAUCUAGCUCUUCCGGUCCUUCGAGUAGUACCCGCUCCAGUUCUUCUACGCGCGCGAGCUCGACAUCCACGAGCACACGGGCUAGUUCUACAAGCUCCACGCGCACGAGCUCUGCGUCAGGCGCUGGACAGACUCUCUAUGGCCAAUGUGGUGGUCAGGGAUGGACAGGACCCACGACUUGCGCUCAAGGAACCUGCAAGGUCCUCAACCCCUUCUACAAGCUUUGGGUGGGCUCUACUGACGCGGGAAGCACCUGCGUGCGCAUGCCGUGGAGAAACUCGCCCAUUACGGACGUUACAAGCACUGACAUGGCCUGCAACACCGCAACCUCUGCCGCCUCUCCUGGCUAUUGCUCUGUUGCGGCCGGUGGAACGCUGACGGUUGAAAUGCAUUCUCAACCCAAUGACCGCUCUUGCUCCGUAGACGCUAUCGGUGGCAACCACGAUGGCCCCGUCAUCAUCUAUAUGGCCAAGGUCGACAAUGCUUUGACUGCUGACGGCGCUACCGCCAAGUGGUUCAAGGUGGCCCAGAGCGGCUACCUGGGUGAUGACUACUGGGCGACCGACGCUUUGAACGCCAACUGUGGCAAGUUCACCUUUACAGUCCCAAGCUGCUUGCCUGCCGGAGAGUACCUUGUUCGUGCCGAAGUUAUUGCCCUCCACGUCGCAUACCAACUUGGCGGUGCUCAAUUCUACAUGUCCUGCUACACCGUCAAGGUUACCGGUGGCGGCUCUGCCUCUCCAGCCACUGUCAGCCUGCCAGGAGCCUACGCUGCCACUGAUCCAGGAAUCUUGUUCGACCCCUAUUCUUCAUUCACCUCGUACACUAUUCCAGGACCAUCCGUUUUCACCUGUUCCGGUGGAACUAGUGUCAGUACUCUGCCCCCUCCUCAAUCGUCAACUUCAACUCGGGUCACGUCCACGUCCUCGCGAUCGAGCUCGACCUCGACUUCGACCUCGACGCGCUCAAGCUCGACUUCCACAACCUCUACGCGUACGAGCUCUGCUUCAGGCGCUGGACAGACUCUCUACGGCCAGGAUGGACAGGACCCACGACUUGCGCUCAAGGAACCUGCAAGGUCCUCAACCCCUUCUACAGCCAAUGCUCGUAAGUCUGCUGUCGGCAAAAUUGAGUUACAGUUGUCGUUUGACAACGAAGCGGAGGAGAAGCAGCUGUUCUCCCGAUUUGAUCAAUUUGACCGGGUGACGUUUGAGAUCGAGAUUGAGAACCUCCUCCGAGACAUCUAUAGUCCAUUUCCCGUCUCCGACAUUCUGCCACAGACUCCUGAAUGUGUCUCCGUUCCGGCGGAAUAUACUCUCCCGGUCUCCUGCCCGGAGCUCCCCUGA